AUGUCCUCCCGGCCGUUGGAGAGCCCGCCUCCUUACAGACCUGAUGAAUUCAAGCCGAAUCAUUACGCGCCGAGCAAUGACAUAUACGGCGGCGAGAUGCACGUGCGACCGAUGCUGUCCCAGCCGGCGUAUUCCUUCUACCCGGAAGAUGAGAUUCUUCACUUCUACAAAUGGACGUCCCCGCCGGGAGUGAUCCGCAUCCUGUCCAUGCUCAUCAUCGUGAUGUGCAUUGCCAUAUUUGCCUGCGUCGCCUCCACGCUGGCCUGGGACAGAACCUACAGUACUGGCCUGCUGGGGAGUGGCAUAGGCUACCCGUACGGCAGCGGUUUUGGAAGCUACGGGAGCGGCUACGGCUACGGCUACGGCUACGGUUACGGCUACGGCGCCUACACGGAUCCGCGAGCGGCCAAGGGCUUCCUGCUGGCCAUGGCUGCCUUCUGCUUCAUCUUCGCCCUCGUGGUAUUCAUUACCAGCGUGAUCAGAUCGGAAAUCGCCAGGACGAGAAGGUACUACUUGACUGUGAUAAUAGUGAGUGCCAUCCUGGGCAUCCUGAUGUUCAUCGCCACCAUCGUCUACAUCAUGGGGGUCAACCCGACGGCCCAAGCGUCCGGAUCUAUGUACAGCUCACAAAUCUAUGCUCUCUGCAACCAGUUCUACACGCCUGGUGUCUCAGGCCUCUACGUGGAUCAGUAUUUGUACCACUACUGUGUGGUGGAUCCCCAGGAGGCCAUUGCCAUUGUACUAGGGUUCUUGAUUCUUGUGGCUUUUGCUUUAAUCAUUUUCUUUGCUGUGAAAACUCGAAGAAAGAUGGACCGCUACGACAAAUCCAACAUUCUAUGGGAGAAGGAACGCAUCUAUGACGAGCAGCCCCCCAAUGUUGAAGAGUGGGUCAAAAACGUGUCUGCCGGCACGCAGGACAUGCCCCCACCCCCGUCGGACUUUGUGGAGAGAAUGGACGGUUCCGUGGCCUACUCGUCCAACGGCAAGCUGAACGGCAAGAGGCCUUAUCCAGAAUCUUCCUACAAGUCAACUCCGCUGGUGCCGGAGGUGGCCCAGGAGCUUCCGUUGACUGCAUCCGUGGACGACUUCAGGCAGCCCCGUUCCAGCAGCAGUGGGAACUUGGAGACCCUACCCAAAAAGGGCCCCGCCAAGGGAAGAGCGGGGAGGCCCAGGAGGUCCGAGCAGGACCACUACGAGACGGACUACACAACCGGUGGCGAGUCGGGCGACGAACUGGAGGAGGACUGGGUCAGGGAGUACCCGCCCAUUACGUCGGAUCAGCAGCGACAGCUCUACAAGAGAAGCUUUGACAGUGGCCUGCAGGAGUACAAGAGCUUGCAAGCAGAGCUCGAUGAGGUCAACAGAGAGCUUUCCCGCCUCGAUAAGGAGCUGGACGAUUACAGAGAAGAGAGCGAGGAGUACAUGGCGGCUGCUGAUGAGUACAACCGGCUGAAGCAGGUGAAGAGCUCCGCAGAUUAUAAAAAUAAGAGGAACUACUGCAAACAGCUGAAGAGCAGACUGUCGCACAUCAAGAAGAUGGUUGGGGACUAUGAUGGGCGGAGAACAUAGAAGGGCACGUGGCGUGGUGCUCAAGGACCCAGGUGUGGGCUGGACAGCUCCAGGGUGUUUGACGAAGGUGCACGGCUCUGGACGUUCAGCAGGAAGCCGUCCUCCAUGACCGUGACCACAUUUUGGUAGCUUUAACAUCAUCAUCAGUAUUGAAGCAUAUUUACAAAGAGCUUUGGCUGGGCAACUGGGCUGAGCACUCCGACGGAGGAUGGUGCGGCUUAAAACCCUGGAUCUUGGGUUAAGAACAAAAUAGUCCCGGAGGUUUUCCCACCUCGAAGGAAGGGCUGCGGGACCACCAUUGCUGCACACCUUGUCACCCCAGUCAAGUCUUGAUCCCCAAGUGCCGUUCGCUCACGCAGUGGCUCUCCCUAGGUCCUCCCAGCGCCCGUCUGACAACCACUGUUCCUAAAGGGUUUCUUUCCAGAACGGGAGCCUGUUUCCCUGUGAUGCAGCGUCGACAGUGAAAGCAUUUGUCAGCAGCUGAUUUUGGUGAAAUCUCUGCUGUGACUCCAUUCAUAAUGAAGUCCCCGGCCUUCUGUAUUUGAACUAUUGUGAAUAUCGCCUUCCGCAGCCUCCUUAAUGCAAGUUUUGUUAUGUAAGUGGUUGGAAAGAGGUUUUUUUUUUUUUUCUUCUUUUAUGUCCUCCUGAUAAUAAAGAUUGAGUAAAAGUGUGAAAUUUAAAGAUUGUAAAGAGAAACAUAUAUUUACUUUUUCAAAAUCAAAAUGAAGUGGUUAUAAUUUUGUGUAUUUUAAAAUACUUUUUUAUCUUCCAGUUUACAUGCUUUUUUUUUUUUUUUUGGUAACCAGCUAUAUACCUUUUCAUGAUAUAUCAAAAUAUCCAAUUACUUUCAUAAUUCAGUUGUGACUUGAAUUGUAUCUCCCAGGAAUGUUCAAGGUCUGUAUAUAUUUUAUAAGGUAUUAAACCUGGUGUUUUGUUUCCAUAAUAUAAGCCUUUGACGUCAU